AAGUUCCUGAUCUUACCAUCCAGCUGGAGAGCUGCCACGAUGCUUCAGAACCAGAUGCCUGCUUGGGUUUCCCACUCCCUGCCAGACCCAUGCCAAGCAGAAGAUGGCAGGUACUUGACCUCCUGUGCCUUGAAGGAGGGGCCAUCUCCAUGCCAUCUGUUGACAGUCAGGGUCAUCGGCAUGAAAAAUGUCCGGCAGGCUGAUUUGUUGAGUCAGACAGACUGCUUUGUCACCCUCUGGCUGCCUACUGCCUCUCAGGAGAAGCUGAGGACCAGAACUAUCUCCAACUGCCUACACCCAGAGUGGGAUGAAAGCUUCACCUUUCAGAUCCAGACUCAAGUAAAGAACGUACUAGAGCUGAGCGUCUGUGAUGAAGACACAUUGACACCCAAUGACCAUCUCUUGACAGUUCUCUAUGAUCUCUCCAAGCUCUGCCUUCGGAAUAAAACCCAUGUGAAGUUUCCACUCAACCCAGAGGGCAUGGAAGAACUGGAGGUGGAGUUCCUGCUCACAGAGAACCUCUCUUCACCCGAGAUGCUCAUCACCAAUGGUGUGAUUGUGUCUCGACAAGUCUCUUGCCUGGAGGUCCAUGCAGAAUCCAGGAGGCCGAGGAAGAGGAAGAAAAAUAAAGACCUCCUGGUGAUGGUGUCAGACUCCUUCGAGAAUACUCAGUGUGUCCCACCCUGCCUGGAGCCCUGCUGCGGCAAUCCAGCCUGUUUCCACUACCCUAUGUACUUCCAGCCUCAGCUGCACGCAGAGGCACCAGAGAGCCGCUGGGACUGUGGGCUUUGCUGCUGUGGAACACGCAGGAAUGGCCCUGUCUGCCAGCCCCUCGAUUGCCUUUCUGACGGCCAGGCAGUGACCCUGCCUGUGGGAGAGAACUAUGAAUUACACAUGAAAUCCACACCCUGCCCUAACACACUGGAUGUGCGGCUUGGAUUCAACCUGUGCCAGGAGGAGGUGGAGUUUCUGCAGAAGCGGAGGGGGGUGGUGACCAAGGCACUAAGCCAGGUGCUACAGCUGGAGGAGGACCUGCAUGAGGAUGAGGUACCACAGAUAGCCAUCAUGGCCACAGGGGGUGGCACAAGAUCUAUGGUUGCCUUGUACGGCCACCUGAUGGGACUGCAGAAGCUGAACCUUCUGGACUGUUCCACUUACAUCACUGGCUUGUCAGGUGCAACCUGGACUAUGGCUACCUUGUACAGUGAUGCUGAAUGGUCUUCCAAAAAUCUGGAGCCGGCUGUCUUUGAGGCCCGGAGACAUGUUGUCAAAGAUAAGAUGCCUGCCCUGUACCCGGAUCAGCUCUGCAAAUGGCAAGAGGAACUCCGCCAGCACAGCCAUGAGGGCUACAAAACCACUUUCACAGACUUUUGGGGCAAGCUGGUUGAGUACAGUCUAGGAGAUAAGAAAAAUGACUGCAAACUGUCAGAACAGCGUGCUGCCUUGUGCCAGGGGCAAAACCCUCUGCCCAUCUACCUCACCAUCAAUGUCAAGGAUGAUGUAAGCAACCAGGAUUUCAGAGAAUGGUUCGAGUUCUCCCCCUACGAGGUGGGCAUGCAGAAGUAUGGGGCCUUUAUUCCCACCGAACUAUUUGGCUCCGAGUUCUUCAUGGGGCGGCUGAUGAAGAGGAUUCCUGAGCCAGAGAUGUGCUACAUGCUAGGUUUGUGGAGCAGCAUCUUCUCCCUGAACCUGCUUGAUGCCUGGAAUUUGUCCCACACCUCAGAGGAGUUUUUCUACAGAUGGACAAGGGAGAAACUGCAUGACAUCGAAGAUGACCCACUCCUGCCUGAAAUCCCUAGAUGUGAUGAUGCCAACCCCUUGGAGACCACAGUAGUGAUCCCAGCAUCAUGGUUAUCCAACACCUUCCGAGAAAUCCUUACACACAGGCCCUUCGUGUCUGAGUUCCACAACUUCCUAUAUGGGAUGCAACUGCAUACUGACUACCUACAGAACAAGCAGUUUUCUAUGUGGAAAGACACAGUCCUGGACACCUUCCCAAACCAGCUGACACAGUUUACAAAGCAUCUGAACCUGCUGGACACCGCAUUCUUUGUUAACUCCAGCUACGCGCCCCUCCUCAGACCAGAGAGGAAAAUUGACCUCAUCAUCCACCUCAAUUAUUGUGCGGGAUCCCAGACAAAGCCCCUGAAGCAAACCUGUGAAUAUUGCACCACGCAGAACAUCCCCUUCCCCAGCUACUCCAUCCAGGAGGAUGACAAAAGUCUCAAGGAAUGUUACCUGAUGGAGAAUCCCCAGGAGCCUGAUGCCCCCAUUGUGGCUUACUUCCCACUCAUCAACGACACCUUCCAGAAGUACAAGGCUCCAGGUGUAGAACGAAGUCCUGAGGAGCUGGAACUGGGCCAGCUGAACAUCUAUGGCGCCAAAUCUCCCUAUGCCACCAAGGAGCUGACGUACACAGAGGCCGCUUUCGACAAGCUGGUGAAGCUCGCGGAGUAUAACAUUCUCAAUAACAAAGACACACUCCUUCAGGCUGUGAGAUUGGCGGUGGAAAAGAGACGCAUGAAGAGCCGGUGUCCCUCCUAGGCCUGGGGAGCUCUGUUCAUCCUGUGUUUGCUUCUGUUGUCAGAAGCAUCGCCUCCUAAAGCCUGACCUCACAUGCCACUGUCCCUG